GGUUGCGUUCCGUUUCGCGCAUUAUGCGCACGGAUUAUAUAGAAAACGUUCCGUUUCACUCAAUGCGCGCAUAAACAGUGCUUAGAUUUCCCUAGAUCCCCACCACCUGCAGCGCAUAACGCACGCAUCAGCUACCUCAAGUUCGAGCUACGGCAGCUUAUGCGUUCCAUGCGAUUGCGUAAUUGCAUAUGGCGGAUUGUGAAAUAUUAGUUCACGGGUCCGUGUUGUACAGUGUUGUAAUUCAUUGUAGUUCUUCAAGAAAGUGAAAAGUGAGAAAAUAUGGAAGAACCAUUGUUCGAAUUCCCAGUCUUCUUUGAAGAAACGCAGAGCGUCAUCACAUUAUUUCUUACUCAGGAAGUAAUGAAUAAAGUUCAAACAGGUAACCUUUAGCGGAUUUAACCGAAUAUAUUUGCAGGUUAUGUAUAAUUUGAACAAACAUAAAUAAAUGGAUAUCUCUUAUGGAAAAAAAACCUUUUGAAAGUAGUGAAAAUACUCCUAACUAGUAUAUUUUCGCUACUUUCAAAAGUCAUUUUUUUGUAGAUUUUCAUAUUUAUUUGAUUUUUAAAUGUAAAUAUAAAUUAUGAAUACUACUGUUACAGAUGAAAACUUGCUGCAAUCGCUCGUGAACGAAGAAAUCGCUAAGAAUAAUUCUUCUUCUACUUCUUCAAGAAUCAGUCAGACUUCAACGUCUUCUGAAAAUCUUGAUUCCGACGAAAACUGUUUGACUACUAAUAAAGGAUUUAUAUGGCCCGAUGCUGCGGUAUAUUUACUAUUAGAGUUGUAUCGGGAGAAAGAACUUGACUUCAGUUCAGGGUUUCAAAAGAAGUACUACUAUUUGGGCUGAGAUAGCAGAAAAAAUGAAAGGAAAUUCAAAUGGAAAGUAUGCUGUAAGUGGGCUGCAAUGCUCUGUAAAAAUGUCUGGUCUUAAAAGGACCUUUAAAAACAUAAGCGACCAAAAUAAAAAAAGUGGAAAUUGUCGGAAUACAUGGGCUUUUUAUUCGGUGAUGGAUUCAAUUUUUGGAAAGAAGGCUUUUGUGAUGCCAUCUGCGAUUGCAUCGAGCGAAGGUCCACUUAAGCCAAUAAAUGUGGAGAACUCGGCAGUGGCCGAGUCAGAAUCACCCUCAUUGCCUUCUAAUCCAUGCAAAAAGCGGAGAGUUGAGACUCUCCUCGAGUCUUUUAUUGGUGAUAUAAAAGAAAAUAGAGAAAUAGCAAUGGACAAAAAGGAAAAAGAAAGGAAAGAACGUGAAAAGUUAAAAGAACAGCGGUUUGCUGAACGUAAAGAAGAACAAAAGAAGAUUCACGAAGAUAAAAUGGAGGUCCAAAAAUCAUUCAUCGAAAUCAUGAAAGCUUUAGUUGAAAAACAAAAAUGAUUUUGAUGCCUUUAUAUUUAUAUAAUAAGGUCCGGCGCACAAUAGAGACAUAUUAGAUUUUAGAAAUAGGAAUUAGAAUUUUAAAAUCAGUUUCAUCAAUAAACACUAUAAAUCAAUAAUAAAUUAUGUUGUAUUUUGUACAUUUAUAUCUUACAUCUUAUUCGUAUUUAUUAUGCGUUACGAUUAAUGUUUAUUGAGGAAACUAAUUUUAAAAUUUAAUUCUUAUUCUUAAUAUCUAAUAUUCCUUUAUUGUGCGCAGGACUUAACUCAAAAUAUUGUUGAUAUUAUUACUUUCGCAUUGAUAUUAUAGCGUUACUUUGGCGGUGUGCCUUAUAUUUUAUUUUCUGUGUGAUAACUAGUUUGUAACAAGUCUGUGAUCUAUUGAUCUGAAGAUCUAACUUUAUUAAUACUAUCAUACACAUUUAAAUUAAUAAAGUUUUACUUUUUACGGAGAUUUAAAAAAUACGGGUAAUUGACUAUUAAGCAAUACAUACAAGUGAUAAUAAUGCAGUAUUAAUUAGUAAAAACUUGUAAUAUUUGUAGUUAUAUACAUUUGUAGAAAAAGUAUUUUGGAAAUGAAUGAUAUUGUCUUAUAUGUAUGUAUAAGUGUUAUUGAAUAUUUUAAACAUUCAUAUUAAAAUAAUAUUCAGUUUAAGUAUUAUUUUUAGUUUCAGUAAGAACUUUAUAAAUGGAGUAAGAUUUUAUGUUCUAACUGCCAAGUAAAAAAUUGGUGUUUAUUUAUAAUUUUAUACUUACAUUUUAUAAUAAUUUCAAUAUGCGAAUUAUAAUUUUAUACCAAAGAUGUAUGUAUGAAUUCACAAUAAAAUAAUAAAUAAGCAAAAGCAA